AUGAGCUGGAUUUCGUCGGCAAUUUCUCUUAUAAGUAUCACCACAAGUACGUUUGGUGUCGCCUCUAACUCUCUCCUGAUUUACCUCAUUUUGACGAAAACUCCACAUCAUCUAAGCUCCUAUUCCGUGCUUAUCCUCAACUGGUCCAUCGGCGAUCUAUUUGUCUGUAUGGCAGCCCUUUUCGAACGUCAAAGGAUAAUGAUUAGUGGUCCCAGCUCGUUCUUCAUCUUCAGUGGACCGUGUACAUAUUGGGGAUCUAAGGCCUGCUUUGUAGGGAGUAUUUUUCUUCUGCACUGUCUUGUUCACGGGUUUUGGUCCAUGCUGUACUCAUUCGCUUAUCGUUAUUACAUCUUGGGCCAUAGUCAGCCAAGAAAAGGCAUUCUAAUACUUAUUUCUGUUAUCCUAUACUUGCCAUCUCUUGCUUAUUUUGUCACAAUUUGUUUGCAGAUCUUGUACUGUUCCAAGAAUAGCGACGAAGCGAAAUUGAAAGCAGAAAUCAAGAUCCAAUUGGGGAUUGAUGCGAGUGCAGAAUGCGUCAGCGGAUAUCUGAACGAAUUUGAAUUACACUACGCUCUCAUUUAUAUCACUAUAAUACCUUUUGUUAUUUACAUCGCCAUCCUCAUUCUGAGAAAACUUACCAUAUGGAAACUAAAAUCUUAUGAAACGGCUAUGUCUGAAGGCACAAGACAGCUCCACGCACAAAUGCUCAAGGUCCAUAUUUCGGGAUGA